AUGCGCCUAAGUGCAGGGUUGUCGACUCGUGAGCGUGACUUAGGGCAGCGGGAUGGCAUAACUCAUGCACUAAAAUUGGUCGCCAAAUGCAAGGCCUGGUGUGGCUGCAUGAGCUGCACAGGCGAAAUGAAGACGCGCACAGCGCCGGCACAACUUGUGCAGCCAUUGGCUUGUUGGCCAGAGCGGCUGGCGUUGUCUGCGUAUCGAUAUGCUGCUGCGGUGCUGCCCACCGCACGCGCCGAAUGGUCGAGAAACACCGCGAGGCAAGCAGAGCUGACUCUUGAGCCCCGCCGCCGGAAGGGCCGCCGAGAAGGCGAGGCCAUGAGUGGUGGUGAGCAGUGCGGUAGUGCUGCGCGACAUUGUGUCUCGUUCGACGACGAAGGCCCGUUGGCCGCAACUUUGCGUAGUUGCCUUCGAGCCCUCCCAUUGUUAGCCAUUCAGCCGUGUGUCCCGCCGGGGAUAGAUCAGCCUAUCCGCCCAAUCGAUAGUGAUAUCUCGCCGUUGACCAGGAGUCCAGGAACAGGGUCCUGGACUCGGCCAACCGGAGGCGUUCGUUUCGAAACAUUGCAGCUCACCACACAACGUGCGUCCCUCUGGCAGGGUGUGAACAUGACGACGUCGCGGCUUCGUCACACGAGAGCGCAGCGUUCCGAUGCCGAAUCGCACGCUUUCGCCGCGGUGCUACCAUGGGCUAUCACAAGAGGCUACCAUGGGCUAUCACAAGAGGCUACCGUGCACUCGAGUCUGACAGAGCGUCUACAGCCGCCUGGGAGGUCCGACGCUCGUCGAUGGAGAGUAUGCGAGGUGACUGCGUUGCAUGCUCACCGCACCCACGCUGAACGACGAUUACCUCCACACAGAACGCGGUCGGAGUCGUGGAGCGCGUUGUUUACAGUCCAAAUGCAGAAGGAGUGCGGUAGCGCAGCGCUGAGCAAACGACGCGAGAUGCAGGAACACCGUCGUGCUGCAUGCAGGCUGAAGUCGCCCGCUGCAGCUGAUUUGCCCGGUGACGGCGAAUCGUUGGAUCCGGCUGCUCUACGGACGGCUACGCAGCGAUGGUGCGACAUAGCAGAACGCGAGCUGCACCUCGCCACCGCGCGGUUUCCUAGGUCAAGACUCAAGAACGGUAGGAACCAAGGAACAAUGGUUAGUGGAACUGGUGCCCGAGGUAGCUGA